AGAUGGAGACACUCAAGCUUUGAAAAACACUUGAAGAGCUACCAUGCCUCACUUUGCAAAACCUCUUUUAAGAAACAUUAUUAUCAGAAAUCUAUUCAAUAGCAUGAAGAGGAAGCAAUGUCUCCAGUAUUUGAAAACCCUGAGAACACUGCAAUAUGAUGGGUUUACAACUGUAUAUUUUGGGGAAACUGAUAUCCCUGAGAGUCUUGUAACAGGGGAAGAUUUUAGUGAUGGCUAUUUCAUGCCAACUCCAACUUGGUGUAUUGUGCAUGCCGGUGGUAGUCAAGGAUGGAUGCCUUGGAAAUAUCGGAUGUUCCUAAGGGAUGAGUUAUGCAUCAAACAAGAAGACAGCCUCUUCUCUGAGUUCUGUGAUGUGGCAAAGAAGACCUACGGGAAGUGCACCAUUGUGGUCAAAGAGAGAAGGCAGCAGGAUGAGAUGAAGCCAAAGGAAGACAAAGAAUCCGAGGCCCAGGCCCAUGUCCCAUCAGUCAUUAACUUAACGAACAUCACAUGCUGUCCUGAGGUGGCCAAGUCCUAUGGCCAUAAACUACUCUCUCUGCCUUCCCCUUACAGUUAUCUGAACCCUCUAGACUCAGCCUGGUCUUCUCUGAAAUGGUUUAUCAUCAAUAACAGAAAGGAGUUUUGCUUGCAGUCCACUGAUGGUGUCUAUUCUUACCAGUAUAUACUCUUCAGUGAUUUAAUUAGCAAAGGGAUUGAAAGGAUAAACCCAAGCAAAUGGAGAACACUAACUAACAAAGUACAAAGAUGGGAAAACUACUAUCUUGGUAAAUUUUCUUAAGUGCGAUUCCUCUAACAAACAGCAGGGCUGUGCUGUGGGCAUGAUCUUUACCAAUUCUGUUGGGUUUGAUUCUGGACCACUGCAGCCAAAGAUACUCCAACAAUGACCUCCACAGGGAUGCUGUGAGGACUGCUUCCUUAGGGCAUUGGCAAAGUGCUUAUGGUUUGCUGAAGGUUUCAUUAAAUCUUGUUGGUAAA